AUGUGGAAAGGCAAUGUGAGCGAACGAAGAAUAUCGAAGAGGCUGAAGCUUGCCAAGAGAACAAGGGAGCGGUAUGUAAGAAGCGAUGUUCCCUGUGGAUUUGAAUGCUGUGGAGCAGCUGUAGCAAAGAAAAUGCGGGCACCGGUGUUUGUCAUACCUGAUGCAUAUGUUGCGAGCAGAUACUGGGCUUUAUUGCAGAGCGAUUGUGUGGAGGCAAUCAUAUGCCAAUCUGUGCUUGAAGAGCUGAGUGUCGAUGACAGGAAGAGAUUGAAGGCGCUUGUGAGGGAAAAGCAGUAUAUUUUGUUUUAUGACGAGUUUUGCAAAGAAACGAACGGGCAGGGACUUGCGGGAGUAUUGGAGUAUUACAGAAAGCAUGCAGGGGAAUGCAGAUGUGUUAUUUUGUGCAAGGAUAACGUUGCAGAGUAUGGGAAGUACGUGAGUGAGGAUAUUUCUGAUAUGCUGAUGAAUAGCGAGGAUGAGGAUGAUGCGGAGUAUGAGGAGUAUAGAACAAACCUGGAUGUUUUGUAUGGUGCUGGAGAAGUAUACCGAGGAGUAAUUGAGACGAGUAUGUACAAUUGCUACAGCGGAGUAGUGAAUGAUGGAAAAGUGCGAAUUAAUGUGAUUGGAAAGAAAAGCAUGAACAGAGCACUGCAUGGAGACGAGGUGUAUGUAGAGGUGGUAGAGAAGUGUGAAGAUGAUGCGAUACUUAUUGAUGAUCGGGAAGUGCAAAUGCAAGGGGUGAAUAAUGAAUGUGGAGCCGAUGGUAAGAUUGGAAGUGUAGGCAUGCCAGCGAAUGUUUUAGACACGAAUGGAAACUUAUUUGGAAAGGUUGUAGGGAUAUACAAGAGGAAGACCAGGACAGUGAUUGGGAGUGUACCAAAUGAUGAUUAUUACAAGAUUGGAUCUCGGCAUGUGCUUGUGCUUCCGAUUGAUAAACGAAUGCCAGCAAUACGGGUUAUAGCCCUGGAUGUGCAGAAGCUGAGGGGAAAGAGGCUUUGUGUAGAGAUUGAUGCCUGGAAAAGCACAAGCAAGUAUCCAAGUGGACGUUAUUACAGAUGCUUGGGAAAUGUGGGAGAGAAGGAUGUUGAGAUAGAGUCUGUGCUUCUUGCGAACGGAAUAACUUAUUACGCAAAGAGUUGGGAUGGUGCCGAUGCGGGUCUACAUGCAUUUGAUGAGUGCGAAAGCAUGAGACGGAUCAACGAAGAGGUGUCGAUGGGAUUGAGAGAAGAUUUCCGGAAUUUUCUUGUGUUGAGCAUUGACCCGCCUGGAUGCACAGAUAUUGAUGAUGCACUUCAUUCUCGCUGCCUUGCAAAUGGAAACAUGGAGGUGGGAGUGCAUAUUGCAGAUGUGACGUUCUAUGUUGGCAAAGGAAGUGGCCUUAAUGACGCUGCAAAGGAUAGAUGUACGAGUGUAUAUCUGCCAGAGAUGAGAAUUGACAUGCUUCCGGCGGUUCUUAGCACAAACCUGUGCAGUCUGGUUGAGGGGAAGGAGCGAGCCGUGUUUUCUGUGGUCUGGGAGGUUUCUAUGUCUGGAGAGAUCAUUAGCACACGGUUUUGCAGGUCUGUAAUAAAAUCAAGAAGGGCGAUGAGCUAUGAGGAGGCCAACGGUGUAAUGAAUGAGCAGGGCGUGGAAAGGUGCGAAGUCCGAGAAAGCCUGAGGAGGCUGAACGGGAUAAGCAAGAUAUUGAGAAAGAAGAGGUUUGAGAAGGGAUCGUUGGAUGUGAGCACGAAGGAUGUGAUGUUUAGGGAUGGAAAGAUUGAGUUUAAGCAGAGCUAUGAAACGAAUAUUCUUGUUGAGGAGCUGAUGAUAUUUGCAAACAUAUCGGCAGCAAUGUUUAUGUAUCAUUACUAUCCGGAAGCAUCUCUGCUAAGAAGGCACCCGCCUCCAAAUACAGUUCCUCUAGGCUUUGAGGUUGACACAUCGUCUGUAAAAGCACUGAAUGAGUCGAUACUACGGCUAGAUGGGAAGCAAAGCGAGAUUGCAAAGCGAGUGCUGAUCCGAUCGAUGAAUCAAGCAGUGUAUUUUUUGUCGGGAGAUGUCACGAGCUUCCAUCACUAUGGAUUAGGGGCGGACAUGUAUACGCACUUCACGUCUCCAAUACGAAGGUACGCUGAUAUUGUUGUUCAUAGGAUUCUUGGCCAUAUUCUCAGCACAUCUGGGCAGAGCGAGGAGAGCAUCAGUGGGCUUGGACGAGUAGCAUUUACGCCUAUAGCAAGGCAUGGCGAAGAAGGAACCGAAGAGGUGUUUGCUGAUGAGAGGACCUGCAAGAAUAUGAACCGAAGGCAUCGUUCGGCACAGAAGGCGUCCUGGGAAUGCGAGAAGCUAGCAAUAUAUAUGGCUGUUAGACAUGCUGAGCCGACUGUCGACGGAUAUAUCACGGGGAUCAGGUCGAACGGUGUGAUUGUUUAUGUUCCUGACUACAACAUAGAGGAGGCCGUGGCCUGCAGCACGCAGCUCUGCAUGUUUGAAGCAGUGCGGGUCCGUGUGGUACGGGAUGACCAGAUGUUCUUUGUCCACAGGAGGUUUUUGCUAAAGCUGGUUAAUUAG